AUGAUUCCCAAUAUUAUAAUACUACUUGCUAUAUCUAUUGUGGCAUCUGCGUCAAAUAUUGCAGCAUACUGGGGACAAAAUGCUGGAGGAAAUCAACAAUCAUUGGGAGACUACUGUUCUUCUAGUCCUGCCAGCAUCAUAAUACUUUCGUUCCUUGAUGGGUUCCCCAAUCUUCUGUUGAACUUUGCCAACCAAUGUUCGGAGACAUUCAGCAGUGGCCUUGCCCAUUGCUCUCAAAUAGGUUCAGAUAUCAAAUCGUGUCAACAACAAGGCAAGACCGUUUUACUUUCACUUGGCGGGGCCACUGGUAACUAUGGAUUUUCUUCCGAUUCAGAAGCAGUUCAAUUUGCAGGAACAUUAUGGAAUAAAUUUGGUGGUGGGAAAGAUUCCGAAAGACCUUUUGAUGAUGCAAUUGUUGAUGGGUUUGAUUUUGAUAUCGAGAAUAAAGACCAGACUGGUUAUGCAGCUUUAGCAACACAAUUGAGAAAGUACUUUGGUACUGGAUCCAAAUCUUAUUACUUAUCAGCUGCUCCGCAAUGUCCGUAUCCUGAUGAAUCUGUCGGUGAUUUAAUGUCCCAAGUCGAUUUAGAUUUUGCAUUUAUACAAUUCUAUAACAACUACUGUUCCCUCAAUAAGCAAUUCAACUGGAACUCCUGGAGCAACUAUGCCAGGGGGAAAAACAUUAAACUUUAUUUGGGACUUCCCGGGUCAUCGUCAUCUGCAGGCUCAGGAUUUGUUGGUUUGUCAACUGUUCAAAAUGCCGUGGCUAGCAUCAAGGGGGAUGUGAAUUUUGGUGGUAUAUCUGUUUGGGAUAUUUCCUCAGCAGAAAAUAGUGGAUACCUCAACCAAUUGCACCAAGCGUUGAGUGGAUCAGGAAGCUCAGUAGCCCCUUCCAAUAGUUACAACCCAUACCAAUCUUAUAACCCAAACACACAACUCACAACAACCUAUGGUGGAAGCACUGCCACCGCAUCGGCCUAUGUGUCAGUGGGGUUUACAGCGGGAGCUACACACAGAUCUACAACCACCAAUGGACUUUUCGCUUGGAUAGAUAGUUUAUUUGGCUCAUCUCCCACAUCUCAAUCCUCUGUUGUGCAACAAGCAGCUGCUACUGCAACACCAAAACCCACGGCGUCAGCAUUCGAUUGGUUUGGUUGGUUUGAUGGAACAACCACCUCUACUACGCUACAAACUGUUUAUUCAACUGUCCCAGCGGAUCAAACAGUGUACAUGACACUAACAACCACCGUGGGUAGCCAAUCCUUAUUCAACAAAAGAGAUGUUGUUGCUGAAGCCAAAUCUACAAACUUGCAAAUAUGCUGGUUGUUAUUUAUUCCACUAAUUGCUCUUAUAUGUUCAUAG